AUGGAUCCCAGGGUAGUAUUGCAAUUGGAAGGUGAAGUCGGGUUCCGUCUGGUCCGCGGUCCGCAAUGGGGUAUGGAGACCCGCUGUGUGGACGGGUGGGUGCCCGUGCAGUCGCUCAGGAGGACGAGGGCGACUUUUUGGUCGCAUUACUUGGCGUUAGAGGAACAGUCUGACCAAGUCAAGUGCAGGCAUUGUGGGUGCGUCCUGAAGAAACCGCAGAGGGGCGAUGCCAGAAACAAGCUGUUCAGGAUGCAUCUGGAGAGAGUGCAUAGUGUUGCAGCGGAGACGGUGUACACACCACCAAGUAGUGCUGCUACUAGUACCAGCAGUAUUAAAUCUCGGCUCAGGGUGGCCUCUACAACACAGCACGCUGAAGUGUACAAACGGGGCAAGAGCACGGCCACCACACCAACACAGGAACAAGUCCUCCCACUGGAAGAUGACCCCUCGACGUCGCAAUUGCUCGCUGUGAUCGUCGCCUCAGAAAACUUACCCAUCACGUUCGUUUCAGACCCAGCAAUGCAGGCUCUCCUGGGGAGGAUCUCCCCACUGUACCAGCCGCAACAGCAGGAUAUACUGGACCUAGUGUGGGCCACCGCUGAACAGAUCUCUCAGCUCGUGUGUAGGACGGCCCGAAGGAACAGCGCGGACUUGCAACUCGUGUUGAGCACAAUUCCACCAGUUCAAGCGGGGGAAAUCAGCGCGUACCUUUACAACUUAGAAGACGUCACGUUCUUUGCAUUGACGUCGCAUGAAUGGUACACUAGGGAUCACUCAACGUCACUAGUAACGUUACAAUUCUGGGAUUCAAUCGAUCACCGUGUCAAGACACUCCCCGUGUCCCUGCACAGAAGUCCCGGGGUGGCACCGCUCUCCACAGAGACACUCAGAGAACAGUUGCGUCGCACGGAAAAGGAUAUCCCGGGGAUCAUACGGUCCACUCUCGGAGUCACCUGUCCGCAACCCAAAUUGCUCUUUAACAGAGAUAACGUCUUCGAAGAGACGAGUACAGGCACCCCAGAGUUUCACCCUUGCGUUAUCACAAUGUUGGCCGAGUGUGCAAGAGCACUGUUGGGAACAGACGGGGGGGACCCGACGGACGAAUCGUCCACAAAAACGAGCGACCAGUCAGAUUUGCUCCUAAACUCGAUGGUCGACCUCUCUGGGUUGGACAUGGCAGGGUCCCUUUUCAACAUAAUCAACACAAUGUACGAUGAACUGCUAGAGAACCCGUGGAUACUCGACUUAUUCCAUUCGAAGUGUAAAGAACAACUAGGGUACACAGAACCACAGAAACCCACCUGCUUCGACAGGACAAAGUACUCCACAGCGGAGACAUGUCUCGAGAACUUCCUCCAUUUGAAGCCAGUGUUGUUCCAGAUCGACCCGCUUCUACACUCAGUGACGAGGCAACCUCUCCAAGAGGCAGAUUUCGAAACAGCAGAGUGUCUGCUCGACCUGAUACUGUCGAUGAACAGACUGAUUCGGUACUUCAGCGACAGUCGGUCCACUUUCUCUUUCGCGCACACGGUGCCAGCACUAAUGUCACUAGAGAUGCAGAUCUGCAAAAUGGCAGAGUCCCGGCCUACACCAAGGAAGCUUGACUGCUCAUUAAACAGGUUCUCCAGCACGCUGCACCGGUGUAAGCGUGUCUUGAUGCAAGAUAAGACAGUACUAGUUGGGCUGUUCCUGUACCCACCGUCGCUCUUCGAAAGAGAGGUCCUCGAGUACGUGUACAAGACGACGUCCCUCUCCGAGAUCGUCACCAUCGUCGAACAAACAAUUCUGAAACUGAUACGGCGGUUCGUAGACCUACAACUCGUCAACACCGCGGGUGAUGAUACCGCCUCUUGUGAAGCAGAUAUCGAGCGAGGGGUCAACGAACAGAUCAUGAAAAUCACACAGGCGGACCUGUACGAUUACCUAUCCACGAUCAACACAAUCAUCCCGGCUUCGUACAAGAGGUACAGUGAGCAAAGCGGGUACGUGCGGGACAAAGGUGAAUUCAAGCGCCAACCGCCCCAUGGCUCCCGCGAGUUGCCCGGAGAGAUCGGCCAGGUCGACCAGUUGCUCGACGUAUACGUCCCCGUGAGCAACGCGUUUUGGGAACACUACCUGGAGUUCGACGCGGGGCCCAUCUUAAGGCUGCUGGUCAAGAUGAUGAGGACAUACGCAGUGUCUUCUGCCCUGGCACCGUACGCGUAUCUAAGCGACUUUGUACCGGAAUUGGGGGACCAGUUCUUGGAACCGAUGGUCAAGAUCAAGUUGUUCAACGAACAGUACGUCGUUGGGAAGGUGGAUUUUGAAAUGGACACUCUAUCAACAGCAGCACAGUAUCAUUAA